AUGGGCCUCGAAGGCAAGAAUGUUCUUAUCACUGGAGCCUCUAUGGGUAUUGGCGAAGCGAUUGCGACUUCUUUAGCAGCACAGGGGGCAAACUUGGUGCUUCUCUCAAGAUCCGAGAGAAAUCUAGCUACCUUGGCCAACAAACUUUCACUUACUCAUGGGAAUCUGAAAAUCAUCUAUCGUGCCGCUGAUGUUGGCGACUUCGAGUCUGUGGACAAGGCCAUUGCGUCGGCGGUUGAUGCAAUGGGCCAUAUUGACAUCCUGAUUAACAACGCCGGUCUCGCUCUCGGAGCACCUGCAACCUUCCCGGAGCUGAAGAUCCAAGACAUCAUGACAAUGGCCAACACCAACGUCAAUGGCAUGAUGUUUGUAACUCACUCUGUGCUGAAUAGGUCUAUGAUGAAGGAAAAGCCUGGCAAAGGAACCAUCCUGAACAUCACUUCCGUAACUGGUCUUGAAGUUCCACCAUUCCCAGGAGAGGCCGUGUAUCACGCAAGCAAGGCUUUUCAAGAAGCCUUCACAAAUUCGAUCCGCAACGAGCUAGUCGAGACCAACAUCAAGGUUUUGGCACUACGCCCUGGCGUUGUCACCACCAACUUCCACGCCCAGCGUGUUGGGCACGACAAGGAGAAAUACGACUCGUUCAUCGAGGGAUACGACCCACUGGUAUCGGACGAUGUUGCACAGGCCGCUGUUUACAUGCUGCAUCAGCCUGCGCACGUUUCCAUUAAAGCGUUGGACGUAGUCCCUACUGCUCAGAGAUCGCUCAAUGUUUUUGACAGGAAGUGGGCGGAAAGGGAUCAUUGA